CAAUUUUUAAAAAAUCGAAUUUUAUCAAUUUCAAUCAUUUUUUUCUUCAAAUUUUGAGUUAUUUUAUUGAAAUUAUGGAAUAAAAUUCGUUGUAAUGGAUAUCUAAGGAAUAUCUUUGUUCAACAGAUUCAUUGCUGGUACAAUUUACUUCGAGUGGUUCAGUACAGUGAUCGUCCACCAGAGGCACAUUCCAAAUGUAUUCGUCGUGAUUUUGGUAUGCUAGACAGCAACAUCAGGAAUGGCCGCAAGCGAUGCAGAAACGAGUGGCAAAAAAUACAGAACUAUUAUAUUAGGUGCCGGUAUAGCUGGCCUCUCAGCAGCCAAGCAUUUCAUCAAGAAUAACAUGAUGGAUUUCAUUAUUCUCGAAGCCAAGGAUAAAAUCGGUGGAAGGGUAUGCGCCGUUGAAAAAGAUGGUUUGAAAUUUGAAACUGGAGCUAACUGGAUACACGGAGUGUUGGGUAAUCCAAUGUACGAAAUCGCUAUGGCUCAUGGACUAAUUGACAUCGUUACUACAGCAAAACCUCAUAAAGUAGUAGCAGCUACCGAAGAUGGCAAGCAAGUUCCUUUUACCAUUUUACAAGAAAUAUACGGCGCGUAUAUGUGUUUCUUGCAUCGUUGCGAAGAGUAUUUCCUAUGCCAGUAUUUGCCUCCGGAUGGAAUACAAAGCGUCGGCGAGCAUAUUAAUUUAGAAAUAGAAUUAUACCUAAAUAGAAUCUCAGACGCGAGUCAAAAACGUCUAAGACGAUUAUUAUUUCAAUGUUUGCUCAAAAGAGAAACAUGCAUCAGUGGUUGUGAUUCGAUGAACGAUAUCGAUUUAUUGGAACUGGGAAGUUAUACCGAACUUCAAGGCGGAAAUAUUGUAUUACCUUCAGGAUACAGUAGUAUUUUGGAACCUGUCUCUCAUGGUAUCCCUAAGGAUUCCAUUCUACUUAAUUCUCGAGUUACCGAAGUACGAUGGUUCGGAGUAGACCAUUUCGACAAAUCGGAAAGCGCCAGCAUUAACGAAUCCGGUAACGAAUCCGACGACUCUGGCAAAACCGUCAUAGAUAUAUCGGAGGAUAAAAAGUCGACUCAUAAAAUGCUCUCCGUUCCUAACACGUUGGACAUUACCGUAGGCGAAAGUGGCGUAGAAAUAGUAUGCGAAGAUGGAGUGAAAUUUCAAGCUCGAAGUGCAAUCUGUACCUUACCUUUAGGUGUACUUAAGGAAAACGUUUCUAAAAUGUUUAUACCCUCGUUACCAGAAUACAAACUAGAAUCUAUCGAUCGGUUGUUAUUCGGAACCGUUGAUAAAAUAUUCCUCGGCUAUGAUCGGCCAUUUUUAAACGUCGAUGUUUCGGAAGUUCUCCUGUUAUGGGAAAAUGACUGUGAUAAACCUAAGACUGAAAACGUUGAUUUAAGCGGCUCGUGGUAUAAGAAGAUUUACUCAUUUUCCAAAGUAACAGAAACAUUGUUACUCGGUUGGGUAUCCGGUAGAGAAGCCUUGUAUAUGGAAUCGCUGCCGGAUGAAGUAAUCGCCGAUACGUGUACCAAAAUAUUACGUAAAUUCCUCAAUGAUCCUUUUGUACCUAAACCGAAAUUCAUUCAUUGCACACGUUGGCAUUCGGAUAAAAAUAUCCGUGGUUCGUAUACAGCUAUCGCAGUUGGAGCUAGUCAAUCAGAUAUCGAAUGCGUUGCUCAACCACUAUACUCAAAAUCUAACGCCAACGAGCCUAUCUUAUUAUUCGCCGGAGAACACACGCAUUUAAAUUUUUACUCGACCGUACACGGAGCUUAUCUUUCCGGCCGAACUGCCGCUCAACAAAUCCUAGAAUCUGAUCGCGAAUCAGAGAUCGUAUUAGAUUGCGAAGGAACCAGCGACUUGAGCACUUGGAUUCGAGGCAUGUCUUUAGAAAAUUGAGUUUUGUAGUCUACUUAAAAGCCAAAGAUUUAGAAAUAACUAAUUCGCCAUUCAACGUGUUUUUUUUUUGACUUACGUCAUUCUGAUUUCUGUUCAUCACACACGCUUAUACCUAACUUGUAAUUUUUUUUUCUUUUGUAAGGAAAUCAAUUUUUUUGUAUUUUUUGUAAGAUGAUAUCACAACAUUUUCUAUCAAAAAUGUGAAAAAAUUACUUACCUACUGUAGCUUUUAUUUGACGUAAUUGAUUUAUCUGGUAAUUUUUUCUGAUUCUUUUCGUAAAGACCUCGAUCGUUGCAUUUUUUUUUAUCAUUUGGGCUUACGCUGUACUAG